CCUUCGGUUGUCACCACUCACCACGCUUCUAGUUUUCCUCCGCCGUUUCUUUCACGUCUGUUGCGCUUGCACUGCGUGGCAAGAGACGGCAAAGGAAGGAUGGGGAACUGCGGGUUGAAGCCGAAGGCGCUGGGCGACGACGACGCUCCCCCGCCUGCCGAGCCGCCGACGGCACCGGCGACCGGCGCGGAACAGGAGGUGGCGCUGCCGGCGGUGGUGGAAGAGGCACAGGCACCCGCGGAGGAAGCUAGCAGGGACGUCGUGGCCGGCCAACAGAGUGAGACUGCUACCGGCACCAGCAGCAGUCUUUUUGCUAGUAGGAGCAUAUGCGUACCGGCACCUGGAUGUUUAGAGGGUACGAGCGCAGCAGCAGAAACGAAAGAACAGGACGAACCGAAGGCAACAGCGGGCACGGAACCCCCGAAGGAGAAGGAAACGGUGGCGGCGGAGGAGGCCGCCGCCGCCGCCGAACUUCCGGCGUCCACGCCGGCGACCGUCGCUUGAUAUCAAGUUUUGAAAUGAACGUUUUGUUGUAACAUGGUCCGCUUCAAUUACUUUGGGUGUACAAUUUUCAUAGUUUGUUUGGGACAUACAGUAGUUCUGAGCUGCAUUGUGGCAGCUUUUCUUUUUGCGCUUCCCGGCUUUUGAUGUAUACACACAGUCGCUUCAUUUUCAUUCUGGAUUGUUGGCUCGGAGGAUGUAAUGGAGUUAUGAAUUGUCCUUCGUUGA